AUGGCAGACGGCUUUGCACCCCGCUCUAUGAAGCGGAAGAAUGUCAAGGGCCUUGCUCUCACCCCAGCAGCGCCCAAGCCUCCUCCGACUGCCGAGAAUGCCAACCUGGGAGGUCACCGAGGCGAUGACAAUACGGCGCAGCUGGAAAUCGGCAUAGAGUUCAACCUCGAUCUGAGGCCAGAGGACCUUGAAAUGAUCAAGGAGCUGGGUUCCGGAAACGGCGGCACUGUCAGCAAGGUCAAGCACAUUCCGACCAACACAACUAUGGCCCGCAAGGUCAUUCACGUCGAAGCGAAGCGCGAGAUGCGCAAGCGCAUUGUUCGAGAAUUGCAGAUUAUGCAUGGCUGCCAUUCCGACUACAUUGUCACCUUUUAUGGCGCCUUCCUGAAUGAUAACAACGAUGUGAUCAUGUGUAUGGAAUACAUGGAUGUUGGAUCAUUAGACAGAGUGUCACGAGUCUUUGGCCCGAUCCGCGUCGAUGUUCUAGGCAAGAUUGCAGAGGCCACACUCGGCGGACUUACCUACCUGUAUUCGAAGCAUCACAUCAUGCACCGCGAUAUUAAGCCGUCUAAUAUCCUUGUCAACUCGAGGGGAUCUAUCAAACUGUGCGAUUUUGGCGUCUCGGGAGAGCUGAUCAACUCUAUCGCCGACACCUUCGUGGGAACAUCGACGUAUAUGGCCCCAGAGAGAAUUCAGGGAGAACGGUACACGGUGAAGUCGGAUGUUUGGAGUUUCGGUCUCUCAAUUAUGGAACUCGCCAUCGGAAAAUUCCCUUUUGCAGCCAGCGAACAGCUUUCGGAUGCUGAGAGCGCACCAGCUGGAAUCCUUGAUCUCCUUCAGCAAAUCGUCCAUGAACCGGCUCCUAGGCUGCCCAAGAGCGAUGCUUUCCCCUCCAUCCUCGAGGACAUGAUCCAGAAAUGUCUAUACAAGGCCCCGGACGAGCGGCCAACUCCGCAAGAACUAUUUGAUCAUGACCCGUUCGUGCAAGCGGCCAAGAGAACCCCGGUCGAUCUACGAGAGUGGGCAGUCGGGCUGAUGGAGAGAGACAACCGGAAGUCUCACCUUGCGCCGCAGCUUUCGCCCGCGACGCAAGAGCUUCUUCGUUCAAGCGACUCUCCUACUUAUCAUGGAGAUGAUCGGACGACGCAGACCCCUACCUCAGCAUAUCGAAUCGGAGCCCCACGCGAAACGGGGCCGGCGGGCUUGGCCGAGCAGGUGGACAAGCUGUUCAUCCGGGACUGGGACGAGUAG